AUGCACAUGGAAGACACGAUCACAUCAAAAUUGAGAGAGCUCGGAAUUCGUCGGUCAGACAGCCAGCAAUAUAUGUCCGACAUAUUUGGGCAACGAAACGAAGCUUCAAGUAAAAAAAGUUUAGUUGAAAGCAGCUCAAGGGAGGAAUUCGUCAAACGCUUGGAAGCGUUAAAAGAUACUUGGAUAAAUCAGCACAAAGGAGGAGAAAAGUUUUUCAAUUACUUCAUGAAGUGGAAAGCCGAGCAGAUUGGCAAUUGCAUGACGGCGGAGGUGCGAUCACGCGCUGGGCUGGGUUACCCACCUCAAGUAUACACGCAAAAUGGCAAUGAAUGCAUGAAUUCGGUAAUAAAGCGAUCGUCACAAAACAAGAAAAUGGAUAUCGUCGAUUGUGUUGAGAAUCUACGUGGGAGGUCCACAACCAUGCUAUGAUAUCCAGGGGUGAAUUAGUCGUUUCUGAAGAUUUUAGCGAUUUCAUGGUCGACGAAGACGAUUUUUUUAAGAUGACUAAAGAGCAGCAAGAGAAAGCUUUCCGGAAAUUCUGCAACAUUCCUCUUGAUCGAUCUGACGAGCAACAGAGUGGUACUACUGAUGAAACUCCUGAUGCUAAUGUUCUUCGUUUUCUGUCAUUACAGCCAUCGCAAAGUUGUAUCACGAGCAUCCCAUCGGCAAUCCUACAAGAAACGUUUUCACAAGCGAACGAAAUACUUAGUAAUGAGCAAGGGAUUCACAAGUUUGGCUCAGACCGGAGCUUCUACGUAAACACGAUUUGA